AUAUAUAUAUAUACACUAUAUAUAUAUAUAUGUGCUAGUUGUUCAGAUGCUUUGGUAGAUGGAGUGCAUUGCUGCGAGUCUGCAGGCCCAUCAUUACAUGUUUCCUCAAAGUACCUCAAAGUCUUCGUAAACGGCCGCAGCAGUUUUGCUCCGAAUACGUUCGCCGUGGCUGUUUUGAACUUCUGAGACAUGUUCUCGGCUCAGGCAUCGUUCUUCAGCACAAGUGAACCCAUUGUUGCGGCUGUUGCGUUUUACCUUUUGGGCCUGGGUGAUUUGAUACGAAGCCACCGGCCAGCCUUGUCUGAGCCUUGUCUGAGCUGCUGAUGCAUAACAUCUGAGCGCAUGGAGCCCAAUGGAGCCAUCAUAAAGGCACUCUCGAAUCGUUUGCUGAAGUUGCCAGACGCAGCGACCAAUGACGACAUCGUUGCAGACGUGCUUGGCUCGCGCCCCUGGACACCGCGGGAAAUCACAAAGCUUUUAGGGCCUUUGGCGAGAGCCAAGCGAAGCGAGCUUCUGCGCCAGACCUUGGACAGGCUGAAAGAGCUCGGGCUGCAAUCCAAUGUGGUCCACCACAAUCUCUUGCUUAGCUCCUUCGAACGCCUCAGCCACUGGCAGCAAGCCAUCUACGAGCUUGAUCGAAUGAAUGCAGAUGAACUGGAGGCCACUCCUGUCUCAAUGAGCAGCGUUGCCAGUGCUUGCACCAAAGCGGCGCAAUGGCAGAGGGCUCUAGAAGUCUUCCACGAGACCAGGCUCAAAGAUGCUGUGUGCUUCAAUGUGGCCAUCUCUGCAUGUGCUCGAGGUCAUCGAUGGGCUUCUGCCUUGCGACUCUUGCGUUCCAUGCCUGAUGCUGAGGUUAGUGUGGAUGCGAUUUCCUACAACGCGGCAAUCAGUGCGUGUCCAGAGUGGCAGAUUAGCUGUGCACUCUUGGCAGAAAUGAAGGAGGUGCAGCUAGAAGCAGAUGCCGUGUCCUACGGAGCCGUCUACGCCUCAGGGUUGGUUCCAUGGGACUAUGCUUGUCAGCUUCUGCAAUCGAUGCAGGAGGAUGCCAUCCAAGCGGGUCUGAUCAACUACAACGCGGCCAUCGCUGCCUGCAGUGCCGCUGGGCGCUGGACUGAGAGUCUCCACUUGUUGAUGCAGAUCUCGCAGCCCGACGUGGUCUCGGUGGGCUCCGCAGUGAUGGCCUGCCAGAAGUUGGGGCAAUGGGAGAUGGCGCUGUCUUUGCUGCACUUGGCCGAGCGCAAGUCCAUUGAUCUGAGUCUCUCAGCCUGCAAUGCAGCCAUCAGCGCCUGUGAGAAGGCCGCCCAGUGGAAUGUGGCUCUGGCCCUACUUGAAAGCAUGGAGGAGUCCACCUUAAACAGUGAUGCAAUCACUUACAAUGCUGCCAUUGGAUCUUGCGAUAAAGGCCUUCAGUGGCAGUUGGCGGUGAAUUUGCUCCAGAGGAUGAACGAGAUGGAGCUGGAGCAAGACCGGAUCUCUUUCUACACAGCCAUCCAUGCUUGCGAAAGCUGUGGCCAGUGGUCUAUGGCUCAAGAGCUCCUGUCCAAGAUGCUUCAAGAAGGUAUUCAGGAUGGCCUGGGAGCUGACAACUUGAAUCGACGAGACUAUUUGCAUGAUUUCCAAGCAGGUGAUCCCAUUGACUGCUUCAAGCAUGUGGUGCUUCUGUCCUUCUGGCAAUCUCUGACCACAGCUAAUGAGUCCCUCACCUUCUUGGAUGCCCAUGCGGGUGCCGGUGUCUAUGACCUUCAGCAGGGCGCCGCCACUUUUCACAGGAACUAUCAAGAUGGGGUUCAACAUCUCUUUGAGAUGGACAUGAAUGAGAAAAGCAGUGGAAUUGUCCAGCAAUUUUUGCAGACCUUACGUCGUUUCAACGAAGAAAAAGCCACUGAAGGCCAGCUUCGUUUCUACUUGGGUUCUUCCGGGCUUCUGAAGCAGUGGCUCCGGCCGCAGGAUCAAGCCAUCUAUGUUGAGGCUUCAGAGUCCAUGAUGCGGCACUUGAAGCUCAAUCUGGAAGAAGGUGAUGACAAUGAUGCCAAUUUGACCUUGUUGCAGACAGAUUCCUACCGUUGGCUCUUGAAUGCAGACAUCCUGGAGGGCAAAAUGUUGGUACUGCUGGACCCACCUUACGACUCAGUGCAUUCCUACCAUGUUUGGAAUCUCUUCAUCAUGAAGCAUUUGCGGCAUCGGUGGCCUAGUGCUUCAGUGGCCCUGUGGUAUCCCAUCAUCGACGACGUGCAGACUCAGAAUUUCCACCAACGCCUGGCCGGGCUAGGCGAAGAUGUGCUGGUGGCAGAGAUUCAGGUUCAGCGACCAUAUGAGGAGCAGCAGUCCCACGCUGGCAUGGCUUUGCUGGCUGCGCCAGAGGAAUUACAGUCCACGCUUGAGUGCGAAGUAUCGGCUUUGGCAAAGAUGUUGGCUUCAAGUCCCUGCGAACGGAAUGUCCGUUCAUCCGUGUUUUGGAUCGGGAGAAAGCCAAAAAGCUGACCGAAGACAGGGAGACAGUUGAUGAGCCAGCCAAGG